AACACAGCGACAAAUGUGAUCACGACGGUGUGCUGCCAUGGCCGAGGCUUCUGACAACCGGGAAGAGACGAACAAGGGGAAAGAAAAGGAGCCAAAUCCAGGUGAAGAAGAAAGUCAGGAUGACAGCGAAUCAGCGGCAGAGAGCGAUUCAGAGGAGGACGAGGAGGACGUGGAGGACGACGAGCCCAAGUUGAAAUACGCGCGAUUAACAGGCCACCUAGGACCUGUGUAUCGGAAUGGUGAUGCUACGAGCGCGUUUCUAGUUGCUGGGGACAAGAUGUUUAUUGGGACACAUAAUGGCAACAUCCAUGUAAUAUCGUUGCCAUCAUUCGAAUCCCUCCGAUUCUACACGGCACAUACUGCAUCUGUCACCAGCAUUUCUAUAUCCCCCUUCCCUCCGCCACUACCAAGUGCUGUCCCCGAAGGUGUUAGUAGAAUUGUGUCUCAAGGACAAAUACCGCAAAGACCACCAUCUACAACAUCAAAGAUAUCCACGAAUAGUCUUCGAGCUCCGAAAGCGCCAACCCUUCCGAACAUUCCUUCCAAUGCCAUAUACAUAGCGACUUCGUCGAUUGACGGCAAUGUCUGCAUAGCAUCUUUGGUAGAUAUGAAAGAUGUUCAACUACGAAACUUUGCGCGUCCUGUACAGGCUGUGGCACUUUCACCGGACUACAAAAAUGAUCGGACCUAUAUCUCAGGGGGUCUGGCUGGAAAUCUCGUCCUCACCGUUGGUGGUAGGCCAGGCACGAGUUCCACAUCAAGUACGGCGGGGACUGCAUCAGCCACUGCAUCAGGCUGGCUCAGUAGUCUUGGAUUAGGCGGUAAUACUGGCCACGAUACUGUCUUACACUCUGGAGAAGGCAUCAUCAGUACGCUUAAAUGGUCGCUCUCCGGAAAAUACGUCGUUUGGGUCAAUGAACAUGGUAUCAGAAUCAUGCGAUCGCAUUUGCACUUAGAGAGUACCGAUUCCGACUCUGCGUGGAAACGAGUAGGCCAUGUUGGUCGACCACAGGACGGAGGAUGGGAAGAAAUGGCUGGAGUGUGGAAACCGCGGGUCGAGUGGAUCGAUGAACAGGCACUUGAAACAGAUGAAGACGACAAUGCCAGAGAAGCUGCUGCUCCGACGCCUGCUACAGCAAAAUUGAAACAGCAGGCAUCAAAGAGUAGUAAACGCAUUGACAAGCUCCUCGUUGGGUGGGGAGGAACUAUAUGGAUCAUCAAUGUACACCCAGGGGAAAAUGGUGUAGGGAAAAAUGUGGGAGAGCGGAGUGUGGGACGGGCUGAAAUCAUUAAAAUUUUACGCAUGGAUUGCAUUGUUUCUGGAUUGUCGUUAUAUACCCCAACGUUGCUUCUUGUACUUUCUUAUAUUACGCCCGAAGAAAAUAAAGAGGAAGGAGAUGAUGGUAAAUCAAAAGACCACAAGACUAGGCCUUCGACUGCAUCUUCUGGUAGCGAACCACGAGGUGGGAUAAGGCAUCGUCAAAAUGCUCUAUCCCCAGAACUUCGCCUUAUUGAUCUUGGUUCCUCCGAAGAGGUUGAUACAGAUCAAUUAACUGUUAGUCGGUUUGAAAGAUUGUCGGCUGCCGACUACCAUUUGGGCGUCCUUCCAGCUGCGCAUUCCUUGCCAGUCGCUCAGACAUCACGUGGAACACUGGAGACCCUGACUGGGAUGGGAAGCGGUCUGUGGAAUGCCACUAUUAAUGCAACAUCACUUCUCAGUUCCGGUGCGAGUGUUCGCAGUACCGGCAGCGACAAGGAGUCCAGAGCGCAGAGUUCUGCUAGUACCCAAAGACCGAAAUUUUUGACUCGCAGCUAUCCAGUGCAUCCACAUAUUGCGGCUCCUGGUAUGAAGAUCUUCAUCCAGAGCCCCUACGACUGCAUAUUGGCAACCAAGAGGGACCUGUCAGACCAUCUAUCAUUUCUCCUGGAGCAUCACAAAUACCAACAAUCCUGGGAGUUAAUUGAUGAGCAUCCGGAAGUUAUCUCUUCAUCUCCGGAGAAGCUUGCGGAGAUCGGGCCAGGAGCUCCUGAUCGGUCUCAAGAUAAUAGCGAUGAUUUCUAUGACGAUUCAUCCUCUACGGUCGAAUCAGCCAGUCGUCUAAUUAACUCAUCGGUUGAGAAGGAAAAGCGUCGCGUAGGUGAACUCUGGAUACAACAACUCAUUGAGCAGGGUGAUUGGAUUGAAGCGGGAAGGACAUGUGGAAAGGUUCUUGGGACUUCAAACCAAUGGAAAGAGUGGGUGUUUACAUUUGCCGCCGCAAAGAAAUUCGAUGAAAUUGUGAAUUUCAUACCCACUACUCAAGUGCGACCACCUUUAGAUUCAACCAUAUAUGAGAUUGUGUUGGGUUAUUAUAUUACUCACGACCGUCCAAGAGCACGACAACUUCUUAAGCAGUGGUCACCUGAUCUUUUUGACAUCAAAAGCGUCACUACUACACUCGAAAACCAGCUGAAGUACCGUGAUGUACGAGAGGACACUGUCGAGAAUGGCGAAACAGGUCGAGACUGGAGGAUAAUUGUCGAAAGUCUUGGCAAGCUUUAUGUAGCCGACGGCCGACCUCGGGAGGCUCUGAAAUGCUAUUUCAAACUUCAGGAUGCCGACACGGCUAUGUCGCUCAUCAAGGAUUACCAUUUGGUCGACGCAGUUGCGGAUGACAUUCCGGGCUUCAUCUUGCUUCGCGUAUCGGAUGAACAGAAACGCAGUGCGUCAAUUGAUGAGCUUCGCGAGACGACAUCAGAGGCUAUCAACCUUCUAGUAACCGAAGCACAGCAUGGUCUUGUUCGGCCCGAAGUUGUAGUGAACCAGCUUCAGGAGAAGCAACUUCCUCUAUACCUGUUCUUUUAUCUCAGCUCGCUGUGGAGAGGGCACGGAAUUGAGGAAGGCAACAUCGAAACUCGGGACAGACUCGCAGCUGAAAGUAAAGCUCUAGUCGAUGAAUUCGCCGAUCUUGCAGUCCGUGUCUUUGCUCUAUAUGAUCGGGAGCUGCUAAUGGACUUUUUGAAAUCCUCAACGUAUUACACUUUCGAAAAGGCAACGGCAGAAUGUGAAGAAAGAGACUACAUCCCAGAGCUGGUGUAUCUCUAUUCCAAAACAGGCCAAACUAAACGAGCCCUAUACUUGAUCAUCGACCGUCUCGCAGAUGUUUCCCAAGCCAUCGCCUUUGCAAAAGAACAAGACGAUGCAGAUCUCUGGGAAGAUCUCCUUAACUACUCCAUGGACAAACCUCGUUUCAUCCGCGGUCUACUCGAGGAAGUCGGCACGGCUAUCGACCCAAUCAGGCUCGUACGACGGAUUCCAGAAGGUCUUGAAAUUGAAGGAUUGAGGGAGGGAUUGAGUCGCAUGAUCAGGGAAUACGAAAUCCAACAUAGCAUCAGUUAUGGCGUUGCCAAGGUCCUCAGAAGUGAAGUAGCGCUUGCGCAAAACACUCUCCGGGCUGGACAGAAUAGAGGGGUAAAGUUCGACGUCGUCCAGAAACCCGACGUUGCGGAUAACACGACCUCCGAUGCGCCCAUUGAUCCCGACAGCGCCGCGUUACCAACCGCAUCUCAAACCGCGAAGAAGGGAGGAGGACCUCAAGCGGGCCAUUGCGUCGGCUGCCAUGAACCAUUCUCCGAAUUCGAGAUGGAGACGCUAGUCGGCUUUGCCUGCGGGCACGUCUUCCACCUCUCCCACCUCCUCAGCUACAACAAUGAGGAUGAUAGACCCGUCACCCCGCCGGACAUCGAGCUAGACGAGGACGGCACGUUUGCGACGACGCACGGUGUUGGAGCGAAAGUUACACAUGCGAGACUGUUGAGAGAUAAGAUUAAGGACGGUUGCCCGGUUUGCGCCGCCAAAACUUAGCUGCUGAAAUAAUAAUAUAUAUAUCUGGCAUUUAUAAGGUGCAAAAUGCGUAUGUACGUAUUUGAGAGUAUGAGAUGAGCCGUUGUGCUCUUUUUUGUUGGAGAUGG